UAUAUUCUCCGUUGGUUGUUCAGCGAGUCAAGUCGAGAGUUGCUUUCCUGCGCUUAAUUUAUAACGAAUUUCCAGUUUGUUCAUUAUUACAUUUAUAUAGUCAAAAAAAUAGUUUCAAGGAGCAUCACAUUUCUGCUUCAUCAUGCAGAUCUUCGUUAAAACUUUAACUGGCAAGACCAUUACUUUAGAGGUCGAGGCAUCUGAUACCAUUGAGAAUGUCAAGGCCAAGAUUCAAGACAAAGAAGGCAUCCCCCCAGACCAGCAGCGUCUCAUCUUUGCUGGCAAGCAGUUAGAAGACGGAAGGACACUUUCUGACUACAACAUUCAGAAGGAAUCCACCCUUCACUUGGUUCUUCGUCUUCGUGGAGGAAUGCAAAUUUUCGUCAAGACCUUGACUGGCAAGACCAUCACAUUGGAAGUCGAAGCUUCCGAUACCAUCGAAAAUGUCAAGGCCAAGAUUCAAGACAAAGAAGGCAUUCCCCCAGACCAGCAGCGUCUCAUCUUUGCUGGUAAACAGCUCGAGGAUGGAAGGACUUUGUCAGAUUACAACAUACAAAAGGAGAGUACCCUUCAUCUGGUUCUGCGUCUGCGUGGUGGCAUGCAGAUUUUUGUCAAGACCUUGACUGGCAAGACCAUCACAUUGGAAGUCGAAGCUUCCGAUACCAUCGAAAAUGUCAAGGCCAAGAUUCAAGACAAAGAAGGCAUUCCCCCAGACCAGCAGCGUCUCAUCUUUGCUGGUAAACAGCUCGAGGAUGGGAGAACUUUGUCAGAUUACAACAUCCAGAAGGAGUCCACCCUUCAUCUGGUUCUCCGUCUGCGUGGUGGUAUGCAGAUUUUUGUCAAGACCUUGACUGGAAAGACAAUUACCUUAGAGGUUGAAGCAUCAGAUACAAUUGAAAACGUAAAAGCAAAAAUUCAAGACAAAGAGGGCAUUCCUCCAGACCAGCAACGUCUCAUUUUCGCAGGAAAGCAACUGGAAGACGGAAGAACCCUUUCAGAUUAUAAUAUUCAGAAAGAAUCAACACUCCACCUGGUUCUCCGUCUUCGUGGAGGAAUGCAAAUUUUCGUCAAGACCUUGACUGGCAAGACCAUCACAUUGGAAGUCGAAGCUUCCGAUACCAUCGAAAAUGUCAAGGCCAAGAUUCAAGACAAAGAAGGCAUUCCCCCAGACCAGCAGCGUCUCAUCUUUGCUGGUAAACAGCUCGAAGAUGGGAGAACUUUGUCAGAUUACAACAUCCAGAAGGAGUCCACCCUUCAUCUGGUUCUCCGUCUGCGUGGUGGUAUGCAGAUUUUUGUCAAGACCUUGACUGGAAAGACAAUUACCUUAGAGGUUGAAGCAUCAGAUACAAUUGAAAACGUAAAAGCAAAAAUUCAAGACAAAGAGGGCAUUCCUCCAGACCAGCAACGUCUCAUUUUCGCAGGAAAGCAACUGGAAGACGGAAGAACCCUUUCAGAUUAUAAUAUUCAGAAAGAAUCAACACUCCACCUGGUUCUCCGUCUUCGUGGAGGAAUGCAAAUUUUCGUCAAGACUUUGACUGGCAAGACCAUAACAUUAGAAGUCGAAGCUUCCGAUACCAUCGAAAAUGUCAAGGCCAAGAUUCAAGACAAAGAAGGCAUUCCCCCAGACCAGCAGCGUCUCAUCUUUGCUGGUAAACAGCUCGAAGAUGGAAGGACUUUGUCAGAUUACAACAUCCAGAAGGAGAGUACCCUUCAUCUGGUUCUCCGUCUGCGUGGUGGUAUGCAGAUUUUUGUCAAGACCUUGACUGGAAAGACAAUUACCUUAGAGGUUGAAGCAUCAGAUACAAUUGAAAACGUAAAAGCAAAAAUUCAAGACAAAGAGGGCAUUCCUCCAGACCAGCAACGUCUCAUUUUCGCAGGAAAGCAACUGGAAGACGGAAGAACCCUUUCAGAUUAUAAUAUUCAGAAAGAAUCAACACUCCACCUGGUUCUCCGUCUUCGUGGAGGAAUGCAAAUUUUCGUCAAGACUUUGACUGGCAAGACCAUAACAUUAGAAGUCGAAGCUUCCGAUACCAUCGAAAAUGUCAAGGCCAAGAUUCAAGACAAAGAAGGCAUUCCCCCAGACCAGCAGCGUCUCAUCUUUGCUGGUAAACAGCUCGAAGAUGGAAGGACUUUGUCAGAUUACAACAUCCAGAAGGAGAGUACCCUUCAUCUGGUUCUCCGUCUGCGUGGUGGUAUGCAGAUUUUUGUCAAGACCUUGACUGGAAAGACAAUUACCUUAGAGGUUGAAGCAUCAGAUACAAUUGAAAACGUAAAAGCAAAAAUUCAAGACAAAGAGGGCAUUCCUCCAGACCAGCAACGUCUCAUUUUCGCAGGAAAGCAACUGGAAGACGGAAGAACCCUUUCAGAUUAUAAUAUUCAGAAAGAAUCAACACUCCACCUGGUUCUCCGUCUUCGUGGAGGAAUGCAAAUUUUCGUCAAGACUUUGACUGGCAAGACCAUAACAUUAGAAGUCGAAGCUUCCGAUACCAUCGAAAAUGUCAAGGCCAAGAUUCAAGACAAAGAAGGCAUUCCCCCAGACCAGCAGCGUCUCAUCUUUGCUGGUAAACAGCUCGAAGAUGGAAGGACUUUGUCAGAUUACAACAUCCAGAAGGAGAGUACCCUUCAUCUGGUUCUCCGUCUGCGUGGUGGUAUGCAGAUUUUUGUCAAGACCUUGACUGGAAAGACAAUUACCUUAGAGGUUGAAGCAUCAGAUACAAUUGAAAACGUAAAAGCAAAAAUUCAAGACAAAGAGGGCAUUCCUCCAGACCAGCAACGUCUCAUUUUCGCAGGAAAGCAACUGGAAGACGGAAGAACCCUUUCAGAUUAUAAUAUUCAGAAAGAAUCAACACUCCACCUGGUUCUCCGUCUUCGUGGAGGAAUGCAAAUUUUCGUCAAGACUUUGACUGGCAAGACCAUAACAUUAGAAGUCGAAGCUUCCGAUACCAUCGAAAAUGUCAAGGCCAAGAUUCAAGACAAAGAAGGCAUUCCCCCAGACCAGCAGCGUCUCAUCUUUGCUGGUAAACAGCUCGAAGAUGGAAGGACUUUGUCAGAUUACAACAUCCAGAAGGAGAGUACCCUUCAUCUGGUUCUCCGUCUGCGUGGUGGUAUGCAGAUUUUUGUCAAGACCUUGACUGGAAAGACAAUUACCUUAGAGGUUGAAGCAUCAGAUACAAUUGAAAACGUAAAAGCAAAAAUUCAAGACAAAGAGGGCAUUCCUCCAGACCAGCAACGUCUCAUUUUCGCAGGAAAGCAACUGGAAGACGGAAGAACCCUUUCAGAUUAUAAUAUUCAGAAAGAAUCAACACUCCACCUGGUUCUCCGUCUUCGUGGAGGAAUGCAAAUUUUCGUCAAGACUUUGACUGGCAAGACCAUAACAUUAGAAGUCGAAGCUUCCGAUACCAUCGAAAAUGUCAAGGCCAAGAUUCAAGACAAAGAAGGCAUUCCCCCAGACCAGCAGCGUCUCAUCUUUGCUGGUAAACAGCUCGAAGAUGGAAGGACUUUGUCAGAUUACAACAUCCAGAAGGAGAGUACCCUUCAUCUGGUUCUCCGUCUGCGUGGUGGUAUGCAGAUUUUUGUCAAGACCUUGACUGGAAAGACAAUUACCUUAGAGGUUGAAGCAUCAGAUACAAUUGAAAACGUAAAAGCAAAAAUUCAAGACAAAGAGGGCAUUCCUCCAGACCAGCAACGUCUCAUUUUCGCAGGAAAGCAACUGGAAGACGGAAGAACCCUUUCAGAUUAUAAUAUUCAGAAAGAAUCAACACUCCACCUGGUUCUCCGUCUUCGUGGAGGAAUGCAAAUUUUCGUCAAGACUUUGACUGGCAAGACCAUAACAUUAGAAGUCGAAGCUUCCGAUACCAUCGAAAAUGUCAAGGCCAAGAUUCAAGACAAAGAAGGCAUUCCCCCAGACCAGCAGCGUCUCAUCUUUGCUGGUAAACAGCUCGAAGAUGGAAGGACUUUGUCAGAUUACAACAUCCAGAAGGAGAGUACCCUUCAUCUGGUUCUCCGUCUGCGUGGUGGUAUGCAGAUUUUUGUCAAGACCUUGACUGGAAAGACAAUUACCUUAGAGGUUGAAGCAUCAGAUACAAUUGAAAACGUAAAAGCAAAAAUUCAAGACAAAGAGGGCAUUCCUCCAGACCAGCAACGUCUCAUUUUCGCAGGAAAGCAACUGGAAGACGGAAGAACCCUUUCAGAUUAUAAUAUUCAGAAAGAAUCAACACUCCACCUGGUUCUCCGUCUUCGUGGAGGAAUGCAAAUUUUCGUCAAGACUUUGACUGGCAAGACCAUAACAUUAGAAGUCGAAGCUUCCGAUACCAUCGAAAAUGUCAAGGCCAAGAUUCAAGACAAAGAAGGCAUUCCCCCAGACCAGCAGCGUCUCAUCUUUGCUGGUAAACAGCUCGAAGAUGGAAGGACUUUGUCAGAUUACAACAUCCAGAAGGAGAGUACCCUUCAUCUGGUUCUCCGUCUGCGUGGUGGUAUGCAGAUUUUUGUCAAGACCUUGACUGGAAAGACAAUUACCUUAGAGGUUGAAGCAUCAGAUACAAUUGAAAACGUAAAAGCAAAAAUUCAAGACAAAGAGGGCAUUCCUCCAGACCAGCAACGUCUCAUUUUCGCAGGAAAGCAACUGGAAGACGGAAGAACCCUUUCAGAUUAUAAUAUUCAGAAAGAAUCAACACUCCACCUGGUUCUCCGUCUUCGUGGAGGAAUGCAAAUUUUCGUCAAGACUUUGACUGGCAAGACCAUAACAUUAGAAGUCGAAGCUUCCGAUACCAUCGAAAAUGUCAAGGCCAAGAUUCAAGACAAAGAAGGCAUUCCCCCAGACCAGCAGCGUCUCAUCUUUGCUGGUAAACAGCUCGAAGAUGGAAGGACUUUGUCAGAUUACAACAUCCAGAAGGAGAGUACCCUUCAUCUGGUUCUCCGUCUGCGUGGUGGUAUGCAGAUUUUUGUCAAGACCUUGACUGGAAAGACAAUUACCUUAGAGGUUGAAGCAUCAGAUACAAUUGAAAACGUAAAAGCAAAAAUUCAAGACAAAGAGGGCAUUCCUCCAGACCAGCAACGUCUCAUUUUCGCAGGAAAGCAACUGGAAGACGGAAGAACCCUUUCAGAUUAUAAUAUUCAGAAAGAAUCAACACUCCACCUGGUUCUCCGUCUUCGUGGAGGAAUGCAAAUUUUCGUCAAGACUUUGACUGGCAAGACCAUAACAUUAGAAGUCGAAGCUUCCGAUACCAUCGAAAAUGUCAAGGCCAAGAUUCAAGACAAAGAAGGCAUUCCCCCAGACCAGCAGCGUCUCAUCUUUGCUGGUAAACAGCUCGAAGAUGGAAGGACUUUGUCAGAUUACAACAUCCAGAAGGAGAGUACCCUUCAUCUGGUUCUCCGUCUGCGUGGUGGUAUGCAGAUUUUUGUCAAGACCUUGACUGGAAAGACAAUUACCUUAGAGGUUGAAGCAUCAGAUACAAUUGAAAACGUAAAAGCAAAAAUUCAAGACAAAGAGGGCAUUCCUCCAGACCAGCAGCGUCUCAUCUUUGCUGGCAAGCAGUUAGAAGAUGGAAGGACGCUUUCUGAUUACAACAUUCAGAAGGAAUCAACACUCCACCUGGUUCUGCGUCUUCGUGGAGGAAUGCAGAUUUUUGUCAAGACCUUGACUGGAAAGACUAUCACCCUAGAGGUCGAGGCAUCCGACACUAUUGAGAACGUCAAAGCUAAAAUCCAGGAUAAAGAGGGUAUCCCUCCGGACCAGCAGCGUUUGAUUUUCGCUGGUAAACAGCUCGAGGACGGCAGAACUCUUUCUGACUACAACAUUCAGAAGGAAUCUACUCUUCAUCUGGUUCUGCGUCUGCGUGGUGGAAUGCAAAUUUUUGUUAAAACAUUGACUGGUAAAACCAUUACCUUGGAGGUCGAAGCUUCAGAUACCAUCGAGAAUGUCAAGGCUAAAAUCCAAGAUAAGGAAGGUAUUCCCCCUGACCAGCAGCGUCUCAUCUUUGCUGGAAAACAACUCGAAGAUGGUAGAACCUUGUCAGACUACAAUAUCCAGAAAGAAUCCACACUACAUCUUGUUCUUCGUCUUCGUGGAGGCAACUUAUAAGUUAACUUAUUUCAUAUCACCAGUAGCAAGUCGAUAGUACUGAUAGCUUUAAGAUUAUUUGUUUUAUUUUGAUUAAUACUGGUGUUUCAUUAGACUGAUUUGCAAUUAAAGCAUUGAAUAUUUUAUUAAAGUUUGAUAUCAAUUUUUUCAGUUUUUAUUAAUCUUGGCAUAACAAAAUUAAUUUUAAUAACACACUAUAGCCUUUGUUCAUUGGUAAAUUAAUUGAUUAAAUAAAAUUAUUAUAAUAAUUUA